CCGGGCUCCGCGGCCAUGCGGCUGGCGCUGCUCUGGGCCCUGGGGCUCCUGGGCGCGGGCAGCCCUGUGCCCUCCCGGCCGCUCCCGAACAGAGAUGGCAGCGAGGAGGCACAGACAAGACCAGAGGGGGGCCUGAGUGGGUUCUUGGAUCCCCAGACUCUUCAGGACAACUUUGCUCUCAGCCUAGUGGAGGUGCUUCAGACCAGUCUGCCUGAGGCCUUUCGGAUCAAAUUGGAAUUGGAUGGUGAGAGUCAUAUCCUGGAGCUGCUACUGAAUAGGGAGCUAGUCCCAGGCCGCCCAACCCUGGUAUGGUACCAGCCUGAUGGCACCCGAGUGGUCAGUGAAGGACACACUCUGGAGAACUGCUGCUACCAGGGAGGGGUGCAGGGCCAUGCAGAUUCCUGGGCCUCCAUCUGUACCUGCUCUGGGCUCAGGGGCUUGGUGAUACUGUCCCCAGAGAGAAGCUAUACCCUCGAGCUGGGGCCUGGGGACCUUCAGGGCCAUCCCAUGAUCUCCCGGAUCCAAGACCUCCUGCCACAUCACACUUGUGCCCUGAGCAGGCAUGCCCGUGUGCCUGCUCAGGCCCCACCAGCUCGGCCCCUGGGACAGCACCGUGUGCACCGGUGGAGGCGGGAUGUGGUGUCAGAGACCAAGAUCGUUGAACUGGUGAUUGUGGCUGAUCAUUCUGAGGUCCAGAGGUACCCAGAUUUCCAGCGCCUGCUGAACCGUACACUGGAAGUGGCUGUCCUCCUGGACACGUUCUUCCAGCCCCUGAAUGUACGGGUGGCACUAGUGGGCCUGGAGGCCUGGACCCAGCGCGACCUGGUGGAGAUAAGCCUGGACCCAGGUGUCACGCUAGACAACUUUCUCCGCUGGCGCCGAACAGACUUGCUGCCUCGACUGCCUCAUGACAGUGCGCAGCUGGUGACUGCUACUGCUUUCUCCGGGCCUGUGGUGGGAAUGGCCAUUCAGAACUCCAUCUGUUCUCCUGACUUCUCGGGAGGUGUAAACAUGGACCACUCCACCAGCAUCCUGGGAGUCGCCUCUUCCAUAGCCCACGAGUUGGGCCACAGCCUGGGGCUGGACCAUGACUCCCCUGGGAACAGUUGCCCCUGUCCAGGUCCAGCCCCAGCCAAGAGCUGCAUCAUGGAGGCCUCCACAGACUUCUUGCCAGGGCUGAAUUUCAGCAACUGCAGUCGACAGGCCCUGGAGAAAGCCCUCCUGGAUGGGAUGGGCAGCUGCCUCUUUGAACGGCUGUCCAGCCUGCCCUCUAUGGCCGGCAUCUGCGGAAAUAUGUUUGUGGACCCGGGCGAGCAGUGUGACUGUGGCUUCCCAGAUGACUGCACUGAUCCCUGCUGUGAUUACUUCACCUGCCAGCUAAGGCCUGGGGCCCAGUGUGCAUCUGAUGGGCCCUGUUGUCAAAAUUGCCAGCUGCGUCCAGCUGGAUGGCAAUGCCGCCCCACCAGAGGUGACUGUGACUUGCCCGAAUUCUGCCUAGGGGACAGCUCCCAGUGCCCUCCCGAUGUCAGUCUGGGGGACGGCGAGCCAUGUGGUGACGGGCAGUCUGUGUGCAUGCAAGGGCGUUGCACCUCCUAUGCCCAGCAGUGCCAGGCUCUUUGGGGCCCUGGGGCCCAGCCCGCCACACCACUUUGCCUCCACACUGCCAAUACCCGGGGGGAUGUCUUUGGGAACUGUGGGCGUAGCCCUAAUGGCAGCUACGUGUCCUGUGCCCCUAGAGAUGUCAUUUGUGGGCAGCUGCAGUGCCAAAGGGGCAGGGCCCAGCCUCUGCUGGGCUCAGCCCAGGAUCUACUCUGGGAGACACUGGAAGCCAACGGGACCCAGCAGAAUUGCAGCCUGGUACACCUGGACCUGGGCAAUGAUGUGGCCCAGCCACUCCUGGCGCUGCCUGGCACAGCCUGUGGCCCUGGCCUGGUGUGCAUAGACCAUCAGUGCCAACCAGUGGACCUCCUGGGAGCACAGGAAUGUCGAAGCAGAUGCCAUGGGCAUGGGGUCUGUGACAGCAACAGGCACUGCCACUGCGAGGCAGGCUGGGCACCCCCUGACUGCGCCACGCAGAGCAGAGCGACAGGCUCCCUGACCACAGGGCUGCUCCUCAGCCUCCUGUUGUUGCUGGUCCUGGUGCUGCUCGGUGCCAGCUACUGGCACCGUGCACGCCUGCGCCAGCGACUCUGCCAGCUCAAGGGACCCAGCUGCCAAUACAGAGCAGCCCAGUCUGGUCCCCCAGAACGUCCAGGACCCCCGCAGAGGGCCCUGCUGAUGCCAGGCGCCAAGCAGGCUAGUGCUCUUUCCGGCUUUCCGGCUCCCCCCUCCAGGCCGCUGCCUCCUGACCCUGUGCCCAAGAGACUUCAGGCUGAGUUGGCUGACCGACCCAAUCCCCCCACCCGCCCUCUGCCCGCUGACCCGGUGGUGAGGCACCCAAAGUCUCAGGGGCCUGCCAAGCCCCCACUCCCGAGGAAGCCACUGCCUGCUGACCCCCAGGGCCGGCGCCCUUCGGGUGACCUGCCUAUUACAGGAGCUGGAAUCCCUCCCCCCAUGGUACCUUCUAGGCCUGCACCACCGCCCCCAGCUGCGUCCUCGCUCUACCUCUGACCUCUCCUGAGGCUCCGCUGCCUCUAGACCGGACCUAGGACUUAAAGAGGACGACCGGCCCCCUAGAAUCCCCCUCAAAGACUGAAGGAGUUGGAGCAUGGACAUGACGGUGCAGGCGUCUGAAGACACAGGCACCUCUGGGUGCUGUGGAGCGGCACCCUGGGGACCGGCUCACUCAUUUGCAGCCGGGGAUUGGGGAGGAGCUGGGUUUUAGACGGGACUGCGGGAGUUGCGCACAGCUGUCUCUGCUCGGUUGCAAUAAACUGGCUAUCUGGGGAGCGC